CUGACCUACUCGGGGCUUCGCAGUGUGAUUGUGAAGAUUUCCCCUUUAGAAGCAUUCUCUCUCUGACGCAGAGGAAGCGAUGGAGAUCAGUCCCAAGAUCAUUGGCAAAGACGAGGUCAUAGCGAAACUCAAGGACGACGGCGACUUCGACAAACUCCGCCUCAAAAUCAUUCGCAAGCUCAGGGACAACGAGGAGUUGCGGAAUGAGAUUAUUUUGACAGUGAAGCAGUCAGCAGCACUUAAUCGUGCAGGUGCUGAGAAUAUGAAACCCAGACAAUUAUCUGAUGCCAUAUAUGAUGACGUUGGGAAUAAAGUAAUGAGCCGGAUAUCUGAUGGUUUGUGGGAAACAAUUAGAUCAGGUGAUGGCAUGAAAAAUGAAAUUACAGAAACUGUACAAUCUGUUUAUAACAAAUUAUUAAACCCAAAAUGGAUAGAAGGGGGUGAAUCAUCCACCCAUGGCAUGAUGCCAAAGCAGAAGGAAGCUGAAAAUAACCGUUCCAUUGCAGCCUCAGCUAGUGAAGCUGAUGACAUGUUUUCUGAUAGUGAGCCAAAAGAACCUCCAGGUUUUUCUCUCCUCAAUAACCAUCAGAACAACAAGAAUGAGGAGCAACACAGACAGGAGCUUCAGCCUCCAAUGCCUCACAAAAGAGAACCUGUUGAAGCACCGGAGGAAGAUACACACCACCCAAAGGUUGUCUUGGAGCCAGAAUACGUUGAUCUUGGUGUGCCACCUGGCUUUCCUGCAGAAUUGGAGCAGAAGCAGCCAUGUGAUGGUAGUGAUGAGGACCCUGAUGUGCCUCCUGGUUUUGGCUGAUGCGAUGACAAGCAAUGCAAUUGAUCUCUCUAUCCUGAAGCAUUAAA